UAAUACAGCCUUCUAGGAUGAGGAGCUUCUUACAGACUAUGCAGACAUAUGCAACAGUAUGGUGCACCAUUUGUGUGAUUUCCCCCCGUAAACCUCUGCAAUAAUGGCGACGAAUCGUUUUCUCGGCAGCCAAGGAGAGGGAGACACGCCUGUCUCAACGUAGGGGGCGGGAGAGAGGCAGCACGAUCAUCCGAAUAGAGGGACACUAGCCUCCAGC